GUGCCCGCCCCAUGCGGGAUUAACCUCGAACGUCAACUGACCAACAGCGUCCUCAUCAGCUGGCGUCCACCAGAACCACCGUUAAUUGAUUCGCAGGGUGAGGUACACGCUUACUACAUUUAUGUCGACGGGCAGUUCCGGUGUGCAGUCAAGGCCUGCGAAAAGAAGCGAGCUUUGCUGGACAAUGUAGACGUGGACAAGCCUCACCGAAUCUCCGUGCGCAGUUUAACCAGCUAUGGUCAGUCGAAAGAUGCCCAAUGUACCCUCGUGGUUGGCAAGGGGGCCACUGCGACCCCGGCUCGCCUCAAGGCCACUCAACUGACGGCCAGUUCCGCAAAGUUGAGCUGGUUGCCGAGCAACUCGAACCUGCCACACAUCAUCUAUCUGAAUGAUUACGAGAUACGAGUCUGCCCACCAGGAGUAUACAAGCUUUUACUUACAGGUGAGCAGACCUAA